AUGGCAGAUUUACAGGAGAUGUCGUGGCUUUUUUUACGACAGUUGAAUGCUGGUGGGAGGUAUGGAGGGGGCAGUUGGAAUAGGGACGGGAAGGGGUUGAAUUCAAAUGAGUCAAAUGUGAACAGAGGUGUGAAGGAGAAAUGGAAACUACCAAGCCCUGGUAUGAUCAAACUCAAUGUAGAUGGAGGAUUGGAUCAGAAAAAUGGUUUGUUUGGAACAAGAGCAGUUUGUAGGGAUGAUCAAGAAACUUGUAUUGGGAUAUUGACAACACCUGGGGUUGGUUUUCCUAGUCCUUAUAUUUGCGAGAUGAUGGCUUUGAGAAAUGGACUUCACUUUUGUGUUCAGGCAGGGUUCACUCAUGUACAGGUGGAAUGUGAUUGUCAAGUUGUUGUUAACGCUAUUCAUCUUGCAGAAAAAGACCUCAGCUCAGAAGGAGCAAUAGUGGAUGAGAUAAGAACUCUACUAAGUUAUUUUCAGUCUGUUAGUUUGGGUUUUAUCUCAAGAAGUAGCAAUAAUGUAGCGCAUUAUGUGGCUAAAUAUGCUAUUUCUAUACGAUUCCAUACCUAUUGGUGGAGAAUGGUUCCGGAAUGGCUUAGUCAUGUUUUAGUUGCCGAUUUGUGUAACUAA